UAGAAAAUUUUUGUACAGAAGAAGCGUCCAAGGAGAGUAAACGCCGUGACCGUGUGUUUUCCUAGCAAUUAAUUGCCAAUAAAAUAAAUACAAAUAUUAAUUUGAAUAUCAAAUAAACAAUUGCGCUAGCCAAGCGUCAAACGCUAAUAAAACAACGCAGUGCUGUGCAAUAUAGUCGCGAAAGGAAAAUAAAGCGUAAUGUGAACAUUUCAAUGAAAGUUUUUGCCUCCGUGGGAAUUCGUGCAAAAAGAGUAGAGAGAAAAAAUUUGCAAACCGUUUGAAGUUGAUAAUACAUUAAAUUGUUAAUACAUUUAUAAACAAAUAAAAGUAUUGUAAGAUGAUAAUAUUAAUUAAAAGUAAGCUGUGUAAAACAUUAAACCUUUAAGAGUCAUACGAAAGCGAAACUAUUUUUUGUGCACAAGGUGACUUGUUUGUGUAUGUGUGCGAGCUCGUGAAUGUAUUGUUGUGUCUGUGUACGUGUGUGCAGACGGCCAAUUUGGCAUUGUUUUUGUACCGCUGCCACUUUGCUUGCGCCUGUCGGGAAUGAAUGAACAAUGAAAUGGAAUAGAGAUCCUAAUAUAACUAAAAAUGUUCACCAAGGGCGCCAACUGCUGGUGAAUACAAAAUUCUCGCGCUAAAAUUAGCUUACGCCCACGAUAACAACCCAAAACCGAAACCGCAUACCCACGUACACGAUACAGCAUUCACAUAGAUUGACAUACUCUGAAUAGAAGCAAAAAUAAAUAAAAUAUAUAAACAUACAAUGGAUUUGGAAUUGGAAAAUCUUAAGAACGACUUUCUCCCCCUGAUCGCCGGCAUCAAGCAGGAGCAAUUGGAUUCGGUGGCAUCGGAUGUGCUGCCGCCAAAUCAUUUGCCCAGCACUGCGGCGACAACAUCCACAUCCUCUUCCUCAUCCUCAUCGGUUGGUAAUCCUUGCGAUAGUGCCGAGAAGCGGUCAGAAUCAAAUUCAUCGGCAUCUGCUAAAUUUACACUGUUCAAAUGCGUUUACUGCGCUCAGGUGCUGAGCAUCAAUGAUCGUCCCAAACUGCUCGAGUGCCUGCAUGUAGCAUGUGGACAGUGUGUGAACACAAAGUUCUCGGAGUUAGAUCGGUCUCUGCCGCCACUGAUACACUGUCCAGUCUGCGACAAUGCCUCGCAGAAUGAAUACAUCAUUGAUAAUCAGUUCCUGAUUGAGCAAUGCGCUGCCGGAGAUAGUGGCGAUGGUAACGGGUCUACCGACGGCCUGAAGAGUCUGUUAACGGCCAACAUACAGUGCAGCAGCUGCUCGGAUGGCGCAGUGGCCACAUCGUGGUGCGUGGACUGCUCGGAGUACAUAUGCGACAGCUGUGUCCAGGCUCAUCAGCGUCUUAAGAUCACCAAGGAUCACACCAUCAAGCCAAAGGAUGAGGCCAACAAUGAACAACUGGCUGGCACUGUUGGCGUCGAUAAACUGCACAUGUGUCAGCUGCACACUCAAGAGAAGCUAUCGUUAUUCUGUGAAACUUGCGACAAGCUCACUUGUCGAGAUUGCCAACUGAGCGAUCAUCGAGAUCACAAGUAUAAGUUCGCCCAUGAGAUUGCUACAGAGUCGCGACAGGCGUUGUCCACGCUUGUUUCUGAGAUCAACUACAAGCGCUUUUUGCUCUCCUCCGCCACAAAGGUGAUCGAUGAUCGCCAACAGCUGAUACAUGACAAGAAGAAGGAUCUAAUAAAGGAAAUAACAGCGAUGGUUGUCAAAAUAACCAACACAGUCAAUAUGCGCGGCAAGCAGCUGGUUAUGCGCCUCAACGAGGUAUGCGACAGCAAGUUGAAGGUCCUGGUUGAGAAAAAAGAGACACUGCAGUUGCUUUCGGAUAAUACGGAUCAUUGCAUUGAAUUUAUGCAGAAUGCCCUUGAAAAGGGCAGCGACUUUGCCAUAUUAUCGAGCAAAAAAUCACUUGUGCGCCAUCUGCAAAAGCUGAAAUGUCAGCGUGCUGAUAUACCCAAUCCAGAGAUUCCAGUACGUAUUCAGGUGCAACUAAACCAGGUCGCCGAAUUGCAAAAGGUUAUCUCGCAACUGGGCAUUGUUAUAGUCGAUGGCAAACCAUAUCCGCCGGCACCAGCGCCCUCCCAAAACGGGCCACAACCACCGCCACCUCGUCAGCCACCUAGCCCAAAUAUGGCACCACCGCUACGACCUGGCCUGCCUCCGGGUAUGACAGCUGGCCUUUCACCCAACGGUCCACCAGGUGCUUUUGGACCACAGAACGGGCCCCCAAUGUAUAGCAAUGCGGCUGCACAACAGCAAUUCAACAAUCUGUCCAUGAGUCGCUCCUUUCCAGGCGAUGGCUCAGUUCGGUUUAGUGGCAUGCCACCUGUUGGCAUGCAGCGUCAGGGUCAACCACAUGUCAGCUCUUCUACACAUCCGCAAAAUAUGGAUAUCAGCCUGCGAGGAUUGCUAAACAACCAAGCAGCACAAAGUCCUAAUGCUCAUUUGGCAUUUAAUGGCCCGCCUAGCUAUCCAGGCGGACCGCAGGGCACACCUUCACCGGCCCACCAGCAAUCGAUGCCACCGAUGCGCCCACAUUUCAUGCCCGGUCAACAGAGCUUCGGACAAGGCGGCGGCCCAGGAGGCGGGCCCAGAGACAACAGCAGCUUCAUGAACAGCAACGCGCGCUUCCAGUCACAAUACCAGCGCAUGGCGAGUCAUGCCCAGCAGCAGGCCGCAGCAGCAGCUAUGGCCAGUGCCAGUGCCGGCGGGGGCGGACAGAUACCUUCCCCUGGCGCACUGCAACGACCACCAAUGAUGCCCAAUCCCAUGCAGAAUCCAUUGGGGUUUCAUGGGAGCCAGGGUGGUUUUAACGCUGGGCCUCCACAAACCUCACCACAGUUGAGUAGCGCUAUGCACAGCCUCGCCAAAUGGCAUAUACCACAAUCCGCGCAGCAAUCAAGCAUGUGCCAGCAGCAAGGACCGCUAUUACCAUUCGCUAAUGGCCGUCAGACUUCGGAAAAUUUUAAAAUCUCAUUAAAAUCGCCAAAUACUCUAAAGAAUAGUACACCGCCCAGUCUCAACAUGGGAGGGCCUGCAUUGCCAGGCUUAAGCAAUGGAUCGUCCUCUGCCAAUACAAUAGCGCAGUUAAAUGCAGCUGCUCUUGGUCUUGGCCCGGCGGUUUCCAUACUCUCAAAUGUCACAUCGACAAAUCCAAAGACACCCAGCCCUAGCACUCAUGAGAACACCAAGGACUUUACUGAACCUAUUGACAAGGUGCGUGAUGACUCCAUAAAUGAUUUAAUUGCAACUAUUGCCAAAUUGGACUCGAAUGGUGUACAAGUACUGCCAGAAGGGCGUACCAAAACCACCUCACCGCAGGUACAUAGCUCGACGGAUUUAUCCAAUACCCAGGAAGUUAAUAAUAAAAAUGAACAAAAAGACGACCCCAAUGAGGAUUGGUGUGCUGUAUGCCUGGAUGGCGGCGAAUUGAUGUGCUGCGACAAAUGCCCAAAAGUAUUCCAUCAGAACUGUCACAUACCCGCGAUUAGCUCGCUGCCGGACGAGAGCGAGAGCUGGCAAUGUUUGUUGUGUGUCAAUCUCAAGGAGCUAACCAAAGUUGAGGGUAACGAAAAGUCGCAACCGGGCGAGCUGAGCAGCUUGGAGUUGAGAAUACUGCAGCGUAUAUGUCUGGAGCUCUACUGCCAGUAUGAGCAGAGUCUCAACUUCCGUGAACCGGAAUCACCGGCUAACUCGCAGUACUAUGAGAUUAUUUGCAACCCUAUGUCAUUAGAUGUUAUUCGCACGCGCUUAGAUCCUUCCAGUCCUAAUCACUACAAGGAUAUAGCUGGCUUUGUCUCCGAUGUUCGAUUAAUCUUCAAGAAUACUUACCUCUUUUAUCAGGAGGACUCGAAGACAUAUAGCAAUGCCAAAUAUUUGGAAAACUUCUUUGAAGAGCAACUAGCUAAAUGGCUGCCCAACUAUGUCAGCAAGAGCGGCACUUCCACUUCGUCCAAUUCGCCAAGCUUGCAGGCGGCGGCUGCUGCAGGGUCUCCAGCCCCAGUUGAGAACGGCCGGAAGAGCUGCAGCUCUGCCUCGCUGGCAGACAGCGAAGAUGCUUGCUUGCCGGCCAAGCGGUUGCGUCGGUCGGCGCAUGAAUAGAACGAGCUUUUGCCCGAUAAGAAGGGCACGGAGAAGCAGCCGCAGCCAGAGGAUGAAGAAGACGAUAAAGAAAAGAAGUCUAACAAAAAAGACGAGGAAGAGAAAGAUAAACACAAUAAUUCAGAACAAAAUCAAAAGGAACCCGAAGAUGGUGAACCGCCGCAUUCGGAAAAAGAAGCUGAUAAAAGAGAAGAGCCGUACUUAGCGGAUCUGGAAUUGGAUUUAGCACAGCGACCUCGUAGUUUGGGUAGCAAUGUAAUACAGGAGAGCGCCGAUUAUGUGCUUCAGCUUCUGCAUGCGUAUGCCGCUGCUUUCGGACUAUAGAGCGUAUUGAGUGACACAUGAAGAAACAUAUCCGUACACACUCGCAACUACUAAAUCCAACACUGUUAUAAAUUAUGAAUGGCGCUAUAUGAGUAAAUAUGAAUAUCUAAGAAUUUUGUAGCUGGUGUACAAUUAGUUUUUAAUUAACCAACUGUAAAUAAGCAAGUCAUUUGAUAUGAUUUAUGAUUUAAUAAUGCAACAAUAAACUUGAAGGUCGCUAGUUAAGUCAUAUGCAGAUGUUUUAGCUAAACUCUUAAGUGUUAAAUAUACAUAGGUAAACAUAUAUACCAAGUAGAGAUUAAUUCCGAGCUUAAGUUUACUCCAAAUUCACUGCAUAAUUUAAGAGUGAUCCAGACUCUACCCUCUAACCCUCUGUAUGUGUUAGAGUUGUAUUUACUUUUGUGAUAGCAAAAAAAAAAUAACAAAAUGAAAAUGAACAAAUUUAAUUUUAAUAUGUAUAAUAAUUACAGCAUCCCAACUCAUUUUGACAUUUUACUUUCGAAUUUGCUAUGUACGAUAUUUAUUGCCCAUUUUUCCGAUACUGUAUUUAUCCAUAUAUAUACAUAUAUCUAAAACUUAAGCAUUUCUCAACCCAUUUUUUUUUAUUCACGCUCACUUAUAGAACAACAAACAUUCGUAUACCGUAUAAGAAGACAUUUAUAAUAAGUUGCAAUUAGGAAAAUAAGUUUGAAUGAAUGAAACCCACAAUAUAAAACAAUACAAUAUAUAUACACAAAUAUAUAUAUUAUAAAAACAUAGAUCUUUUAAUGUUGUACGUUUGACGUUUUAAUUUAAGUAUACCAUAUAGAGCCGAUAAAGCAUGCAGCCAAUCAGUCUACUAGUAAUACCCAUUAGAGCCAUAACAAUACACUACUCCGUAAUGAAAUAAGGUCAGUGCACAAUAAAUAUGCAUUGGUAUUGGUGUGUAUAUAUAGUACAUACAUAUAUGACACAACUAUCUAUAAUAAUAAUUAAUUCCAACUCAACUAACCAGUCAAAUGCUGUGGACAAGUGUUUUGUUUUUUAUUUUACAUACAUAUGUAUAUUAGUACGACAUGAAAUUGAAACUGAAAUAAAACUCAAUUCUCCAUAUUGCGAAUAUUUUUAUAUAUAUUUCAACUACAAACUUGAAAUGGAAAAUACAAGAAUAUCUUCUAACCGAUCUAAUCAAAUCAUAAUAAUAAAAAUAAACACAAAUCCUAUUAAUGUCACAUAAUAAAAACAAUAAAAUAGAAAAACAUAGAAAUGAAAUUAAAUAGAUGUAAUGUCUACUAUAGAUAUAUAUGUAUAUGGAUGUAUUAAUAGAGGAACAUGAAUGUGUGUGCUAUCCUAUCAAAAUUGAGGCAAACAAUUGAAAGUGGAAUGAUACCAGGCGGAUGGAUGCCUAAUAUGUUUAUAUGUUGAAUGUGAAAACCAUAGAAAUUAUUAUAUAUCUGUUUUAGCUGUAAGUUUUACUAUAAAUAUCGAAAACAAAAUAAGAAAUUACAUACUGAAUGUACUACUUACUAUCAAGUGGAUUUUUAAAUAAAAGAAAAAGGCAACAUUUCA